AAUCUAGCUAGCUUGCUCUCCAAUGGUGACUGUGAAAGAAACCCACGUAGUGAAACCGGCGGAGGAAACGCCGUCGAUGAUAAUGUACGUUUCCGACAUCGAUCAGAUCAACCCAAUAACUCACGCCCCAACCAUCUACUUUUACCGCCCCUGCUGGGAUCUACCCCUGGUUUUGAUACAGUUGACGAAAUUCAGUUGUGGUGGCGUCAGCCUUGGCCUCGGGCUUUCCCAUAUUCUAGCUGACGGGCAGUCGGCUCUCCAUUUCAUCUCGGAAUGGGUUAGGAUUGCCCGAGGCGAGGGACCAGAAUACCCGCCGUUUCUGGACCGGACAGUGUUGGGGUAUGAACAGGAGGAUCUUCUGCCAGCUGAUUUCGAUGCUUCGGAUUAUAAGCAGCCGCCGUUAAUGAUCGGGAGUUUGAAUGACAUAGAGGAGAGGACGAAGGAGACUGAUGUGUUGAUGCUGAAGCUGAGCAAAGAGCAAAUAGAGAAGCUAAGGAGUAAAGCUAAUGAGGAAAACAAACGCCCUGGAGAUCUCGACCGUGGCUUCACCAGGUUCCAAGUAGUGGCGGGUCACAUGUGGAGAACCGCAUGCAAGGCACGAAAGCACAUGGAGACUCAAGAAACGGCUUUGAAAGUGAUGGUGAAUUUUCGAAACAAGGUAAAACCUUCUGUUCCAAAGUUUUACUUUGGGAAUGCGAUUUUGCCCGUCAUCGCCUCCUCGACCGCCGGUGAGCUUGUUUCUAUGCCGUUGUCCUAUGCCGCAGGCAAGAUAAAGGCGGCUACGGAGAAGGUAAUGGAUGGGUACGUGAAAGGGUCGGCGGUUUUCCUUAAGAAGCAAGAGGAUUUGUCGGAAUGGAGGUAUUUACAUGUGGUUGGGAGCAAAGAAGGAACUUUCUAUGGGAAUCCAAACAUGAGCAUUACGAGCUGGAUGACCCUUCCAAAUUUGCAAGGAGGGACAGAUUUUGGGUGGGGAGAAGAAGACCACUUUGGGCCGGGUGCGGUUGGGUAUGACGGCAAGUCUUUUAUUCUCUUGGAUAGAUCUUGCUCUGGUUCGGUUGUCAUCGCACUGCGGCUGCAGGUGACUCAUAUUCAAGACUUCGAGACCUUCUUCUAUGAAGAUAUUUUAAAUUAGUUAAAGAAAAUUUAAGUUAAUUAUGUGUUUUUGU